CAAUACGAAGACGAACGCCCAUACACGGACUAGCAACAAAGAUGCAAUUGUUAUGCUAACUUGCGUACUAGCUAGCAAUGAAGUAUGCUUGGUUAUUCGAUUCAACAUAGUUUGAUUAGCGUCAAUCUCAAACCUAAUUUCACAAAAAACAUCUCACUAUUUGAUUGUAGCAUAGUCUACGCGAACUUGUAAACAACCAGUGGUUUCUUAGCUACGACAAAACACUGUCUAGUAGUAGUAGCAAGCAAGCGAGCUAACGUUAGUGAGUUGCUAGCUGGAUAGAACGGGUUGUCUAGUUAGCAAACUGGUGGUCUUGCUAGUUUAUAUAAUACUUGUAAAUGACUUGGAAUUGAUGAACACAUUCCUUGUACUUUGUGUAAUCUUGAAUAUUUCAGAUAGCCAACGCUGUACCGCGCAUUUCGCUUUAACUAAGCUAGCGAACUACGCAGGUUCGUGUUGCUAGCAUAUUUUCAACGCGCAUCAGCUUUUUGUCUGUCUUUCUGCGGUAUAAAGCCACCAUGGAUAAGGCAGAGUUUUUAAAAGGACUACCUGUCUACAACAAAAGCAAUUUCAGCAGAUUUCACGCAGACUCUGUCUGCAAAGCAUCAAACCGGAGGCCCUCUGUGUAUCUCCCAACUCGGGAGUAUCCAUCAGAACAGAUCAUUGUCACAGAGAAGACAAAUAUCCUAUUGAGAUAUCUUCACCAACAGUGGGACAAAAAGAAUGCGGCCAAAAAGCGGGAGCAGGAGCAAGCUGAGGGGGAGAACACUGCACCCCCGCGGAAAAUUGCCAGAACUGACAGUCAGGAAUUAAAUGAGGACUCGUAGAGUGCUGUACACACACACACACACACACACAACUAUAGAUAAAGAAGCACACAGGCAAAGUUGCAUUUGACAGACAGGACAGACCACUUUCUACAUCGUUCAACAUGAUCUUGGGAUGUUGACAGUUUUCUCUUUGUGUUUUAUGUACUUUUUUUUUGUUUUUUCCCUGAACUGUCCUUUAUAAGUCUUUGAUUGGCACAUAGCUGAAAAGCUCUGCGUUCAUGACGAAAGGCACAAUAACAUUACCUCCUCACC